UGCUUCCUGAAGCAAGAUGGCUAAGAUGGACAGAAAGCUUCAUUCUGGAAGGAAACACUGUUUCAGGGCAGACUGAGCUUGCCAGAGACCUCACACCAAACACAAGUCAGCAGUGGUUGGUUUCGUUCCACAAGGAGUCUGCUCAAGUCCUAUCAUGUGGCUUUUCUGCAGCCUGAUCUCAUGUUUUCUCACAGGUGGAGUGGCCGUGCUGCCUGCCCCACAGAACUUAACUGUACUGUCAACCAACAUGAAACAUCUCUUAAUGUGGAACCCAGUGGCCCAGCCCAUGGAGACAGUGUUCUAUUCUGUGGAGUACCAGGGGGAGUUCGAGAGCCUGUACAUGAGCCACGUCUGGAUCCCCAGCAGCCAGUGCUCACCUACCAGUGGCCUGGCGUGUGACAUCACUGAUGAUGUCAUCGCCACAGUACCAUAUAACUUCAGGGUCAGGGCCACGCUGGGCUCACGGACUUCAGCCUGGAGCACCUUGGAGCACCCCUUUAAUCGAAACUCAACUGUCCUCACUGCACCCAGGAUGGAGGUGACUGAACAUGGCUUGCAUCUGGUUAUUAAGCUGGAAGACCUGGGGCCCCAGUUUGAGUUCCGUGUGGUGUACUGGAGGAGGGAGCCUGGUACCAUGGAGCACAUUAAAGUGGUGAAGAAUGGGGACAUUCCAGUGCACCUGGAGACCAUGGAACCAGGGGCCGUGUACUGUGUGAAGGCGCAGGCGCUGGUGAAAUUGAUUGGGAGGCACAGUGCCUUCAGCCAGACUCAGUGUGUGGAGAUGCCAGAAGAGUCUCUUCCGCUGGCACUGGCUUUGUUCGCAUUUGUUGGCUUCUUGCUGAUUCUCAUGGUUGUACUACUCUCCAUCUGGAAGACGGGCCAGCUCCUCCGGUACUCCUGCUGCCCCGCUGUAGUCCUCCCAGACACCUUGAAAAUCACCAGUUCAUCCCAGGAGCUGAUCACCUGCAGUAAGGAGGAUGUGGAUGCCUGUGCUGUGGCUGUGCUGGCCUCAGAGCAUCUCUUUGGGGUUUGGAUCUCAGACUGGAGGAAGGGCCUGAUGGAUUAACAACCUGCUCUGCAGGCUCCAGACCCCACGAUGGGAGGCUCCUCUUUCUGUUUUCUUCCGGGGACAAAAGACAAGAGAAGCAAAGAGAGCCUGCUAUGUGCAUGUCCAGUGACAACCAGCAGUGGUGUGGCCAGCAGACAGCAAUGAUGAAGAGAGUUGAC